AUGUCAGAAGAUAUAACGGCAAGAAGAAUUUUGGCUGACUAUUUCACAUUUCUUUUGGACGAAUUUAUUCAUAUUUGUUGUCAACUGAUUACUCUUUAUUCAGUUAUGGCAACUCUGAAAGACCUUGGUUAUCAUUUCAACGACAAAGGGGAACUGAGAAAAAUAGAGGAUGGAAGCCGCUUCGUCUUUACAAAUCAAGCGGAUUACGUACGAGUUGGUGAUGCGAUGACGAGGGAACUGUACAAUAUACUCGAGAACCAGUGUGGUCUGCAAAGAAUGGAUAUCCCAGUCAAAGUCGAAGACGGUCAUGGUGAUUGUGGAGAGUACAAUGGUUUUGUUUACGCCUCACCGGGAUUCCAGAACAUGACGACUGUUCUGCUGAUAAUCCAUGGCGUAGGAUGUCGUAUCGGGCCUGGGCAGUGGUCAAGAAGAUUGAUACUCAACGAAAAUCUGGAAACUGGUUCACAGAUUCCUUACAUUCAGCGUGCCAUAAAGGAUGGCUGGGGUGUUAUUGUUUGCAGUACAAAUACAGACGAAGAGGUGCAAGAUUAUCCUUGCCGACAUAUUUGUGCAGUUUACGAGCAGUUACUGAAAGACACACCAGUUAAAAGAUUUUUCGUCGUAGCUCAUAGUCGAGGAGGUCCUGACUUCGCCAGUGCGUUUCCUCAUUUCAAACAAGAGGAUCGCUUUGCCGUUGUGUGUCUGACUGAUUCAGUGGAUUUCCAAAUACCACUCUCUGAUUCAACCCAGUCAAAGAGUAGCGGUCCUGUGUUCAUCAACUGGAAAGCUGACAGCAAAUUCCAACAAACAGCAUUGUCGGAUGGAGAAAUUCUCAAUGUGUGCUCCCAAAUUCAUCAUGUAUACGCUGGUACAACGGAGCAUGAAAGAUCAUCGCAUGCUGCAUUCAACAGCGUCUUUCAUGUUUUAGCAAACUGGCAUUCUGCCAAUGAUUUACCCAGGCUGCUUGUGGAGGCUGCUGGUCUCACUUCG